CGGCCCCAACCGCCUCCCCGGCUCGCCGCCCCUCCGGCCCCGGCCUCCCGCCAGGACCCAGCUUCCUUUGUGGAUCUGAAUGAUUUUGGGGGGCCUCCUCCCUCCCUCUUGAGAUUACGGUGCUGGAAGGCCGGCCCGCCACCUCGGUCAGUGCCCCCCGCCCGGGUAACGUCCCUCGUUUUGUUCCUCCCCGCCGGCCCUCCCCCGCCCCGCUCCUUUCGGUGUUUGAUGGGUUUUUUUAGUUUUUGCCCUUUUAUUUUUCUCGUCUCCUGACUGGAAGGCCCCGCGCGAGGCUCUGCGCCCGGGCCCCUCCUCGUCUUUUCCUCACCCUCGCAUAAAUAGCCAACCCCCCAGCCCCCCGGCCGGCGAUGGCGCGACAGUGAGGGCGGCGAGCCCGGACCACGCUGGGACAGUGCCCGCGCCCCGGCGGGCGUGAGCACACACUCCCCCGCUCUGCGCCCCUUUUUCGUCUUCCGAGCUCUCUGAGAAGAGAGAAGACGCAGGGGAAGAUGUGGCUGAAGCUCUUCUUCCUGCUCCUCUAUUUUCUGGUCCUGUUCGUCCUGGCCAGGUUUUUUGAGGCCAUUGUGUGGUAUGAAACUGGCAUCUUUGCCACCCAGCUGGUGGAUCCGGUGGCGCUGAGCUUCAAGAAGCUGAAGACCAUUCUGGAGUGCCGGGGGCUGGGAUAUUCAGGGCUGCCCGAGAAAAAGGAUGUCCGGGAGCUGGUGGAAAAGUCAGGUGACUUGAUGGAAGGUGAGCUCUAUUCUGCACUCAAGGAAGAAGAAGCAUCUGAAUCCAUUUCUAGUACCAAUUUCAGUGGUGAAAUGCACUUCUAUGAGCUUGUAGAAGACACAAAAGAUGGCAUCUGGCUGGUUCAGUCGCUUACAUCUGUCAGAUGGCUGGCUUGCGUUAGAAGAACAAUCUCUGGCAGGACAACUGAGAAGAUUGAGAUUGAAACCCUGUCUUCAGGCAUUCUGAAGUCACCAGCUAAGCUAAACAGCACAGACAGUGGUGUCAUAGCAAAUGACAGAAGUCCCUUGGUUGGUAAAAUCCACUGGGAGAAAAUGGUGAAAAAGGUGUCAAGAUUUGGAAUACGAACAGGCACUUUUAAUUGUUCCAGUGACCCCAGAUACUGCAGGAGAAGAGGCUGGGUACGAUCCACACUCAUCAUGUCUGUCCCACAAACAAGCACUUCUAAAGGGAAAGUCAUGCUUAAAGAAUAUAGUGGACGCAAAAUUGAAGUAGAACACAUUUUUAAGUGGAUAACUGCUCAUGCAGCUUCUCGGAUCAAAACCAUUUAUAAUGCUGAACAUUUGAAAGAAGAAUGGAAUAAAAGUGAUCAGUAUUGGGUAAAAAUAUACCUAUUUGCAAACCUUGACCAACCCCCAGCUUUCUUCUCUGCACUAAGUAUAAAGUUUACCGGAAGAGUUGAGUUUAUUUUUGUUAAUGUGGAAAAUUGGGACAACAAGAGUUACAUGACAGAUAUUGGUGUGUAUAACAUGCCAUCAUACAUUCUUAGAACUCCUGAAGGAAUUUACAGAUACGGAAACCACACAGGUGAAUUUAUAUCCCUUCAGGCCAUGGAUUCAUUUUUGCGCUCAUUGCAACCUGAAGUAAAUGAUCUGUUUGUUUUGAGCUUGGUUCUAGUUAAUCUUAUGGCUUGGAUGGACUUAUUUAUCACACAAGGAGCAACCAUAAAGCGAUUUGUGGUUCUCAUAAGCACUUUAGGGACAUAUAAUUCUCUAUUAAUUAUUUCCUGGCUACCUGUGUUGGGCUUUUUACAGCUCCCUUACUUAGAUAGCUUUUAUGAAUAUAGCUUAAAAUUGUUGCGAUAUUCCAAUACAACCACACUGGCUUCAUGGGUAAGGGCAGACUGGAUGUUCUAUUCUUCACACCCGGCCCUGUUUCUCAGUACGUACCUUGGACAUGGUUUACUAAUCGAUUACUUUGAGAAGAAGAGACGGCGCAACAACAAUGAUGAAGUCAAUGCCAAUAACUUAGAAUGGUUAUCAAGUCUGUGGGACUGGUACACCAGCUACCUCUUCCACCCGAUUGCUUCUUUUCAGAACUUUCCUGUAGAAUCUGAUUGGGACGAAGACCCUGACUUAUUCUUGGAGCGGUUAGCUUUCCCUGACCUUUGGCUUCACCCUCUGAUACCAACUGAUUAUAUAAAAAAUUUGCCAAUGUGGCGAUUUAAAUGUCUUGGAGUCCAGUCUGAAGAGGAAAUGUCGGAGGGUUCUCAAGAUAUUGAAAAUGACUCAGACAGUGAGAGCACAGACACUUUCAGCAGUGAAAAGGAAGUAUUUGAAGAUAAACAAAGCAUAGUUCACAAUUCUCCAGGAAGAGCAAGUCACUGUGAUGCUGAGGCUUGUUCAUGUGCCAAUAAAUAUUGUCAGACCAGCCCAUAUGAAAGGAAGGGGAGGUCAUAUGGAUCAUAUAAUGCUAAUGAAGAUAUGGAACCUGAUUGGUUAGCUUGGCCUGCUGAUAUGCUGCACUGUACUGAAUGUGUUGUUUGCCUAGAGAAUUUUGAAAAUGGAUGUUUGCUAAUGGGGUUGCCUUGUGGUCAUGUGUUCCAUCAGAAUUGCAUUGUGAUGUGGUUGGCUGGGGGCCGACACUGUUGCCCUGUUUGCCGGUGGCCUUCUUAUAAAAAAAAGCAGCCAUAUGCACAACACCAGCCCUUGUCAAAUGAUGUCCCAUCUUAACCAUGUGCAAUUUGUCCUUUAUAAGCUUUGAGUAUCUUACAGCUUGCCUUUUUAAUGUUAGUCACAAUGUUUUUGUGGUUUGAAGUUUAGUUUAAUGUUAGUGCAGUGACAGGAAAUACACAUUAUGCUAAUGUUGAUAAUUACUUGGUUGCCUUGUGUGUCAAUUGAAUGCAUACUUAAUUGUAAAAAUUUUUAUUUACAACAUUGGAAAUUCAGAAGUUAAUGUUUUUUGUAAGCACAAAAGAAGUAUGAUAGAAAUUUAUCCUAGCAAGACUUUACGAGGUAGGAUCAAAUUCUAAUGGAAUUGAGGCAGUUUCUUAUCCUAAAUGUUUCCUCCCUUUUUACAAUCUCUGUCCAGCACCUCUUGGUUAAAUAAUGUAUGCUCUGAGACAUGAAAUUAAAACAGACCUAUGAAAUAAAUUAUUUUAAAACCAGAAGAUUACAGUUU